CACCGGUCAAAGGUCACUCAAUAACACAUGGCGGACAAAGUCUUGUAAUCAGGAAAACAGAAUAUAGAAAUCUCGCUAGAAAAGGCAUUUUCUGUGUUUAAACAAUGUCUAGCGCGCGGAAAAGACGGGGACAGAAUUCUCAGACAGCGAAACCGCAUGCUGAUAAGGAAAAUAAUCUUCCAAAAGGCCCAGUGGAGACCUUUGACCCUCGUAGACGCGCCAAGCCACGGAGUUGGCUGUCCCGAUGUAUGAACAUCGCCAAGUACAUCCUGUUCGCUCUGUUCCUGCCGCCGUUCCUGAACUACACCGCUCUACUCAGGGAACAGGAGAUCAUGCAGCCUGAAGGAGACUUUGUUGACAUAGGGGAGGGACAGAAAAUGUUCAUCAACUGUAAGGGAAGAGGUGCCCCCUCAGUACUUAUGGAUGCGGGAACUGGGAUGACAUCUGACGUUUGGGAAAUUAUACAGCUAGAGCUGGCCAAAAGUACCAGGGUAUGUGUGUAUGACAGGGCAGGCCUAGGAUAUAGUGACGUCCCACCUCCGGGUGUUGAAAGUAGAUCGCAGCCGCACACUAUCGAAAGGAUGGCAGACAACCUUCACCAAGUCUUGCAGCAGAAGAAGGAGAUCAAGAAACCUCUGAUCCUGGUUGGUGCUGAGAUCGGCGCUCUGGUUACCAGAUUUUAUGCGCAAAUGCACGAUGUUGACAUCCUGGGUCUUGUGCAGAUAGAACCACUAGUGGAAAACCUGUUCUUAGUGGACGGAGGCGUCUGGGUACAGUACUGGUACCACCAAUUGCUGAUGUCCCUACAAGCGCUACAGUUCUCUGCUGCGAUUGGCUUCACAAGGUUUGCACUGAUUGUUGGCAUGGUUGAUCAACCAAUCGCAGGGGAGUUAACAUCUAGCAGUGUCCAAAUCAGACAGAAAUACCUACUAUGCCAGCCAAGACAUCUCAGUGCUGCAGUGGACGAACACUAUUUCAUCAACAGCAGCUUCUCUCAAAUAAGCACUUUAUGGACGAUGAAGUCAUUCCUGAAAAACAUCUCAGUAACUGUCAUCAACGGAAACUAUUACGAUGAACAGCUUCCACCUGAGCUGAACAGGGCGUGGGCAAAAGCCCAGCAGCACCUGAUAUCGAAUGUCCACCCCGGCUGCAAGCACAUCGUGGUCAACGGCGCUGACCGCCACAUGCUGUACAAGAGCCCCAGCUCUGUGGUCAACCCUGUCCUGAGACUGGUCAGACAGUGGAAACACUCCAACAGGGAAGCCAAGAGACAAUAACAGAUGUUUUAAUGAUGGACCUAUAAUCAGUGUUACCCUCCCCCUAUGUAGGUUUGAUGUAUAGUGCCAAAGUAAUUCAUUGUGUCAUCUUCACCUCUAUCUAACUAUACACUCUUGUCUUAAACUACUGUAAAUUCAUUUACUUUAGCAGUGUUUUCAAUUUGCAGUAGGAAGAAAAAGAAAGUUUUCUCUCUAACUUUUUGAUUGAACCAAUUCUGUAUUAGUGUAUGAUACAGUGGAAAUGCAUAUUUGCAAUGUCAUAAAUUUAAGGUGGAGUGGUCACUUUGAAAAUGAACACAAAUGUUUCAAGAUCUAUAGUACAUUCAUGCAGAAAUCACUACAAGGUUCAGAGGUGUUUUCAAAUGUAAGGUGGAUUUUGGACAAUGCCUUUUGUUAGCUAUAAGAAUUUGAUUAAAAAAAAUUUGGCCCCCAAAGCAAUGGCCAUGUUCAUGGUAUAGGUAAUUAAUGAUAAUGAUAGACAAGAUUUCCCAAUCAACAGUACUGUUUAUUGUCAUACCUGGGUUGUGGUAACUUACAAUAUGGGUGCUCAGUUCAGUGAAAGGAGUUAGAUAGGGGUGAUGUUAAUGUCGUUUAAAAGUUUUGGAUUGACAAAAUUGAUGUGUUGCUGGUUAUUUUUGUCUGGAAAGAAAAUAGAGUGACUCUAAUUUUACAGCCAAAUAUGGCUGGGAAUAGAUAUGUGUAAAAAUUGAAACUACUUGUGAAACGUCAAGUAUGCAAACCCAAAACAAACAAUAGUAUAAAGUUGCCUUUACCUACAUGUACAGGUAGGUAAAUUUGACACAUUACACAUACAUUGUAUACCUGUACCAAAAACUGUUUUUGAAAAGAUACAGUAGAAGCCGCUUAAUUGCACAGCCUAUUUGCCCGAGUGAAUUAUCCGGAUGGUGCAAUAAUACGAAGUUAUCCAGCUGGACCACACCAGUUUGGGAUUUAGGGAUUCCGUGCAGUUAACAGAAGUGUGCGUUAAUCCGUUGUGCAAUCAACUGGCUUCUACUGUACUUAUGAUAUUACAACUGUUACAGUGUUUAUGAAAUAUUGUGGAAUAUUGAAAUGAUAUGUCAGUGUUCAUGUUUUCCGUAAAAAGUUAUGUUCAUAUGAUGUUGAUGUUAUCAAAAGAGUAUCCUAGCUUGUAUAAUUUGUCCAGAUCCCUGUAGUAUUUAGUGGCACACAUGGGGCAGCAAGUUUUCUUACUAGAAUUUAGUUGUUGUUUCUGUAGCAGGGUAUAUUUUAACAGGGAGGGGUUGCUAGUCCUUUCACUUUUACACUCUUGAGGCACCUUCUUGAAUAAGGGAGACCCAUUUUACGUCACUUCCAAAAGAUGAGUGCAACACCAACCAAGAUGCCCUACCCAGGAUUGAAAGUGUGAGACUGAGACUGCUACCAGUUGAGCCACAGAGACAUCCUUUAGUAUCCUUGUACAGUAGAAGCUGUUUAAUCGCUUAAUUGUACACCCCAUUUACCAGUGUAUUUUGUACAAUUAUCCGGGUGGUGCAACAAAGCAAAGUUCUCCAGCUGGACUCCACCAGUUUGGAAAUUGGGGAUUCCAUGCAAUAAACAGGAGUGUGCGGUAAUCCUUUGUGCAAUUAACUGGCUUCUGCUGUCUAUUUCUUCAUGUUUUAAGACUUGGACAUGCUGCAAGUUGAAGGAACUUAAAUCAAAGAAGCAAAUCUAAAGACAGAUCGCAAUGAAAAUCAGUGGAAAGUUUGUAAGACAUAAAGCAGGGAAAGAACAUGUUUCAGAAAAUUUGAAGAAAUUUCUUAAAGACAAACAGGGUGCAAUAGUUCUUAUUUUUAUCUAUGAGGACAUGGUGUACAAACUGAUGCAAUAAUAACGGACUCUACUUAUUUGUCACAUUAAAACAGAAUUUUU